AUGGCUUAUGCUUACGAUAACGUGGAUUUCUCCCAUUAUUAUGACAAAUUUGUCGCCGAUCUUCCGCAGCACGCUUUUUGGAUCGACAUGGUUCAAAAAAUCUAUUCAGCAAUCAUUCAACGAACUUUUGUUGACGACCGACAAACCGUUGUUGUUGAUCUAGGUUGCGGAACUGGCAAAGAUCUAAGUUAUUAUGCGAACUACUUCCGCGAUAGAAACAUCAAACUAAUCGGUGUGGAUCACUCACAAGCAAUGCUAGAUCGUGCGGAAGAAAGAUUAGCAAAUCAAUCUAUUGACUUAGUAUAUGGUAGUUUAACAAAUUUUGCCAGUCGUCUUGGAACAAAACCUGUCGAUUGUAUUCUUUUACCCGCCGGCACAUAUCAUCAUUUAACUACAGAUGAAGAACGGCAAGAUUUCGUUAACAAUAUACGAGAAGUUCUUCGAUGUGAAACCGGUCUUUUCGCUAUUUAUUUAAUGCCGGAUGCAUUUAUUCAUGUCGAACCACGGAACAACGUUUCGACGGAAGAAAAAUUAAAACUAAUUGCAACAGAAAAUGUCCAGCAGAGUGAUAAUGAAUGGAUAUGUAAAUCAACAUUUGAAUUUGAUGUUCCUCCAAAAACAGAAAUUGCGUGGCACGUACGAACUUGUGCUAAGCCGAAAUUUCUCAGAUUACUUCGUUUGAAUGGUUUCGAAGCGGUACUGUGCUGUUUAGAUGGUAAAGAACUCGUUCCAUUCAAUGAAAAUAUGAUGUCAUCGUUAGAUCAACGUUCUACACCGACAAUUCUUGUUUUUCGGAAAAUAACAAACACAAGCUAG